UAGAUAAGUACAAGACCCCCUCAAGAAUGCCAUCACAUUGGGGAAAAAACAAGUCAUUGUGUUGCCUUCCACUGGUCGAGUCAGACACGCUCCAAAAUAAUGCAGCUCAUCCUGCCAGUUCUCCUGGCAUCCUUUUGGACAAUCUGCACAGAAGCAGGAGAUUGGUGCUAUCAGUCUCAGUUUACCUGUGACCAUCAGUGCAAUGUACCAGAAAAAUGGAAUCAUGCCAACCAGGCAUGUGCGGGACAAAAACAGUCGCCCAUUAACAUUAUCACAAGAAAGACUUUGAAAGAUGGUCAUCUGACUCCUUUCAAGUUUCAUGGCUACCAGGACACCUUCAGAAGCAAUAUCAAAAAUAAUGGCCAUUCCGCUCAGGUUGGACUUCCUCAUGUUUGUACCAUAUCAAAUGGAGGCCUGCCAACUAACUACAAAGCUGUGCAGUUCCACCUGCACUGGGGCACCGAUGGAGGGCCUGGCUCUGAACACACUAUUGAUGGGGAGCAGUACCCCAUGGAGCUGCACAUUGUUCACAUGAAGAGCAUUUACAAUGAUCUGACGGCAGCACUGGGAGAUCCAGAGGGAGUUGCUGUUCUUGGAUUUUUCUAUGAGAUUUCCAGCAGCCUAAACCGAAAGUAUGACUCCAUCAUCAAUGCUCUGCAAAGUAUCCAUGCCACAAAUGGCAAUACAUCGCUGCCUCCCAUCUCCUUGGCACAGCUGAUCCCGUCUGAGAAAAAUCUAACAUCUUACUACCGUUACAAAGGCUCUCUGACCACCCCGCCGUGUGCAGAGUCUGUGAUUUGGACUGUGUUUAAGAAACCCAUUCCUCUGAGCAUGAAUCAGCUCAAAGCUUUCUCUCAACUCCAGUUUCGUGAUGGCAAGCAGAUGAAAGGGACUUUCAGGCCCGUCCAGCCCCUCAAUGGCCGGCAGGUGUUCCGGUCCGGAAGUGCGGUUAUCCUUAGCAACUCUGCCCUCCUCCUGGCUACCAUUGCCAUGGCGUUGGGACUGUCCCAGCCCAUUUAGUUGCAAGAUAUCCCAUGCUGCACUGCGACAUCAAUGAACACAAAAAGUUCUGCAUCAAUCCUCAGCCAAACCCUGGUUCAUAAAUUCUUCACAGCAUGUUUGCUAAGACGAUGGAUCAUAUCAUAGUGUAGGCAUGACUCACUUGGUCUUCUCCCCUUAUGGCACAAAUGAUAAAGGCGCUUGAGUGAUGCCUUAAGAAAGGUGUUGUAAGGGUUUAUUAAGCAUUCAUGCAUGCGUAGUGAUGCGGUAGGUGUUAGUUCAGCAUUUUGAAUGUGUCAUAAGAGCUGGUCCCAGAGCACUAAAAGUGACAGCUGAAUUUAAACUCAGUCAUUCACUAAACUUCCAAAUCUUCAUCUUAAGUGCGCGCACAACAUAUUUUUCAUAUGCUUUAGACCUCAUUCACAUCAUCCAGUUUCUCUUUCUGCUAAUGUUAGAGUGAGCUGCUGAAAGUUUGUGCUCUCAGUGCCAAUAUCAGCCCCAUGAACUGGCACGUGAUGUGCUAUUCUCAGUGCGGCAUGAAGUUAUAAAUAGCAGAUCUGAGUCAUAAAAACAAGCUCCAUUUCAAAGGUGACGGUCAAAGGAGUCAGCAGUUUGGCCUUUCUUUCAUGGUCCAAGCGCACACAACGCAGCUGUCACGUGAACCCCUGUUAGCCACUCAGCUAAUAGCACUCAGCACAUGGUUUGGGAAAGGGUGGAAGGAUGGAAGGGUGGAAGGGUGAGGGGUCUAAGAUCCAGUCUUUUCCCACUACAAUUCAGAGUCAAGAAAAUCUACAAAGAACAACUGCAGGCUGAUCUGAGAGCAGCAGCAAUCCCUUUCCUCCCAGCCAGAGGCAGCUUACACCAGAAGGAAAGAUGAAGAUGCAGAGACACUAACAGUGGGUCACAUAAUGGGCGACAGUAUCCGUGGCUUGAGGACACAAUAGUAAUUUUGAGAACUGACCCGCCUAUCUUCUCAAACCAGUAUUAUUGCCUCCAUGCAUUUCAAAAAUGAAUCACAUGAAUCUGCAUGUUUUGAUGUUCUAGAUUUUUCAGAGGAGAUACAUGCACAGAAUUCGCCUCAGCCGGUCUGUUUUAUUCAGUUUUGACACAUAAAGUUUAGUAAGCUGAUCAUGACAACAUGGGACUGUGUUCAUGGCUUGUAUUACAGGCUCUGGAAUACACUGAAUGUUAUCAACUGUGAAUUACACCCCACUGAGUUCUCACUCAUUAAUUCGGGAGGACUUGUUAUGUAUUCUAGUGAGAAAGCUGUGCAAUUUUCCAGCAAGAUUUAUUGUAAUGAUUGAACAAAAAGAAUCUGUACCUUUUACAUUGUUUCAUAACACUUCAAGUUAUCUUUCAAUGCUGUGUUAUUGCGCACACGUGUAUUUAUAUAUGUAGUGAAUGUGUAUAUUGAUAUGAGACUGCAGUUGAUAUUUAUGUAUUUCAAAGUUUGUACAAUGCUGAAUGCAGACCCAUAUACGAAGCAUCAAGCUGUUCAUGAUUAAUUAAGUUUACUUAUGAUGUUCAAGUGUAUGAGACUGUCAGGUUGUAAUGCUUGAAAUAAUAUACAGAAUGUGUUCCAACUGAACAAUAAACUACCUACAUGCCUUUUUAA